UUUGAUUGGCUGAAAAUGUAGGAUUAAUGCCUCUUGGGCUUCUCUUCUCUGGAAUCUUCCGUUCCUCUCUCCUGCAACUGAAUUCACCAUUUUCUCUACUUCCUUUGCUCCAUAAUCUUCAAUCCAUGUCGAUUUCCACUAAAAUUCCUAACCCUCUUCUUCACCAUCCUAAUUUACCAUAUCCCAAAACCUUAAAAUCGUCUUCUUUACAUUCAAAACCUACUAAAUUAACCUUCUUUAGAUCUAUUACCAUUGAAAGAAUUUCGACAAAAUCUGUUUCUUCUACUCCAGUAGGUGCUGCUUCUUCAGAAUCCUCUUCCGCAUCUCUCCAACCCAUUGAAGAGCUCCCACCAAAGCUCCAGGAAAUCGUCAAGCUCUUUCAAGCAGUUGAACAACCAAAGGCAAAAUACGAGCAACUCUUGUUUUACGGAAAGAAUUUAAAGCCACUUGAUACCCAGUACAAGACUAGUGAAAAUAAGGUUCAGGGUUGUGUUUCACAGGUUUGGGUAAGGGCGUAUUUUGAUUCUGAGAAAAAUGUUAUCUUUGAGGCUGAUUCUGAUUCGGUACUUACUAAAGGUCUUGCUGCUUUGUUAGUUCAGGGACUUUCUGGAAGACCUGUAGAAGAGAUUAUAAAAGUUUCCCCUGAUUUUGCUGUCCUUUUAGGGUUGCAACAAAGCUUAACUCCCUCUAGGAAUAAUGGAUUUUUGAAUAUGUUGAAGUUAAUGCAGAAAAAAGCCCUUCAGUUGUACGUUCAAGCUGAGAAAUCUGCUAAUUUAGGCCAGAACGAAUUAUCAAAUGCCUCCUCGACUGAGGCUUCGUCCCAGUCCCACGGUGUUAAUGGUAAUGGAAAUGUUGAGUCUGUUGUUACUGAAGUUAGUGGAAACAAUAUAACUGUUGGUGCUGGUGUUUUGAGGAGUAGAGGGAUGAGAAUCAAGGAGAAAUUGGAGAAGGAACUUAGGCCCGUCGAACUAGAAGUUGAAGAUAUAUCUCAUCAACAUGCAGGACACGCGGGGAUUAGAGGUAGUGAUGGAGAGACACACUUUAAUUUAAAAGUGGUGUCUAAGGAAUUUGAAGGCAAGAGUUUGGUUAAGAGGCAUAGGAUGAUUUAUGGCUUACUGGAAGAUGAGUUGCAGAAUGGACUACACGCAUUAUCAAUUGUGGCCAAGACACCGUCUGAAGUUGGUAGUAGUUGAAUUGCUGGCUUCAAGAGAGUGGUUUCAAGAAGCCUCCAAAGAGGCUUGUUUUGAAGCUUGCUAUCGAGAUAUGGCUAGUGGUCUAGAUGAUAUGGUGGUUGAGCAGAAAUCAGUACAUUCUCUCCAGCCCUUUUUGAUGGAUAAGGUGGCCUCGUAAUCAAUUUAUGCUUUUCAGUAGCUUUAAUUUCUGCUACACAAAUCUAAUUGCCAAAUUGGUUAAAUUAGGUGUCUAUUGAUAGAAUAAACUGCAACCAUUUGAAGAUACUUCUACUAGGUUAUAUAGACGCAUGCAACCUGCAAAAUGUUUGGUUCUCAUAUAUGGAAUCUACUUGUUAUAAUAUUGAGAAUAUAUAUCUGAUCACCUUUGAUGUAGUAGCAUGUAAAUAAGUUUUCAAUUUCCUGACUUAAUGUUUGGUCAAGCUGUCAAAAUCAGUUUUUUUGGUAACUAACUUGAUUAAAUUACUAAAGCAGCAUAUGGGUACAAAGUAUUCCCCAGUGUUGGACAAACAAGCUCCAAACACUGUGAUCGAAAAAAAGAAAAAUUACAUCAAGAACUCUAAUCUUAAAAACAUUAGCCUAAUGAUAGUAACUAAGCAUGGCUAGUCUAGAAUGCAAACAAGGAAUUAGAGAGCCCCUGCAGUGAAUUGCUCAAGCAGCCAGUCCUAUGAGUAUUUCAGGGCUUCUGUUUUUCAUCUGAAACAGUCUUAAGUUCCUCUCGUGCCACACCAAGUAAAGACAACAUGUUAUGGAUAAUCUGUAAAGAGCAGCUUGCACUGAGCUUCCUUUGGCAUGAGCAAUCGCCCACAUCACUUCAUCUUUCCAUUCCAGAAAUGAUCUUUGAAUGCCUAGCCAUAAGAGAAUUCUGUCCCAGAUAGUAGCUGAGUAAUGGCAUUUGAAGAAUAAAUAAUCCAGACUCUCAUCAUUGUUGGUGCAAAGGGAACAAGACAGGUCACGUCUAGGACUCCAUUUUGCUAAUCUGUCUCUUGUCAGCAGCUUUUUCCACACAGCCAGUAUAAACUUCUCUCUAGGGGCUCCAUGGUUGUUACAUAGUAAUUUCCUCUAUUCUACCGUUGUAUAGUCACCUUUCAAUUUACAAUAGACCACCUUUGUGCUGAAUGUAGUCCUGAGGGUGACAUCCUGCUCCUCAUAGCCAGCUAUUUGCAAUGUUCUUUUGGCAUUGAGGAUCUUCUUUUGGCAUUGAGGAUCAUAGCCAGCUAUUUGCAAUGUUCUUUUAGGAGAAGCUACUUUUUCCGCUAAUGCUUCAAACUGAAACACAAGUUCUGCUUCUUUUCAAAAACACUUGUUUUAUAGUGAAACUAUAAUAAGUGUUUUUAUUGAAAAAUAAGCACUUUUGAUCUUCUAAAGGCUUGACCAAACAGGCUAUGAAUGCUUCUACGUGCUAUUUGUUUUUCUGGAUUACAUUGACAGAGUAUAUGUAUUAUCAAUUUACAUCUCUUACUGUUCUAU